AUGGGUAUCGGAGUAUUAGAGGACGGGCACCUGGACAGGCCUCCGGGUACCUCAAAGCUGGGAGAGGAGCAAGGGCCAGGCUCUGAUACAGCCAGCACGAACGCGUUGAAGAAAGAUGGCGAUAUAAUUCUCGUUCCGCAACCGAGCGACUCGCCAAACGACCCUCUCAACUGGUCGAAAACAUGGAAGAAUGCUAUCAUGUUUGUUCUUGCAUUCAGUUCCGGCGUCACAACUUCGCUUGGUCCCAUGAUUUCUCCUGGGCUGGUAAUACUGAGCCAGGAGUACAAGGUCGCCCCCGAUACGGUCUCUGCUUUCAUGGUUGGGUCCAUCGUUCUUUUCACAGGCUCGGUGACCUUCUUUACGGCGUCUGGCGCCAACAUCUGGGGAAAGAGGCCCUUCUUCGUCAUAUCGACGCUAAUGCUACUGGCCUCCAACGUUUGGGGCACCUUUGCGGAUUCUUUCCCCUCUUUGGCGGCGAUGCGUAUCUUCCAGGGUAUCUCCUCGGCUCCGUUAGAGACCCUGGUUACAUCCACGGUUUCCGAUCUCUUCUUUGUCCACCAAAGAGGGUUUCGUCUCUCAAUGUGGGGUGUCAUGUUGAGUGUAGGCGUUCUGCUUGGCCAGAUCAUUGCCGGCUUCAUCAUCGAGUCCCUGGGUAUCCCAGGAACUUUCGGCAUCAGCGCCCUCAUCUUCUGCUUGAUCCUACCAGCAAUGUACUUCCUUGUCGUCGAAACCACCUACACGAAGCCACGAAAUGCUGCGAGGGCAACAUCGGUGGAGCAAAUGGUAGAUGAGAAAGGAGGUGGUCGUGAAUCGUGGAUGGAGCUUGAGGACGAUCCAGCAAACAAAACCAAAGAGAGCUACUCGAGCCAGCUCAGACUCUUCCGCGGUCGCCUGUCUCAGGAUUCCUUCUGGAAGGGUGUCCUGAAGCCGUUUCCUCUCAUUUGCUUCCCGGCUGUCAUCUUCUCCACCUUCGUCUACGCCUCAUUCUUCACCUGGCUCCUGAUGAUCGGCGUUCUGUCAGUCAGCAUCUUUUCGGCGCCCCCAUACAACCUGAGCGCAUCUCAGGUGGGCCUUACGAAUGUCCCGUUGGCCAUCGCUGCCCUCAUCUUCUCGCCUAUUUCCGGAUGGAUGGCCGACGCUCUGCCAGUCUGGAUGGCGAAACGCAACAACGGCGUUUUCGAGCCUGAGUUCCGUCUCGUGCUGAUGGCUAUCGCCGUACCUCUUUCCACUGCAGGCUUCAUCGGAUUCGGCGUCUCCGCCUCAAACGGCCUGCCGCUGCCCUGGUGCCUCGUAUGGAUUACGAUGCACUCAAUAGCCGUGCCUUUCGCCUCGCAGGCCUCGAUCAGCUACGUUAUUGACUGCCACACCAAAGAUGCCAACCAGGCCUUCGUCACGAUCAACUUCGUCAAGGCACUCAUGAGCUUUGUCGCUUCCACGGUCGGCAAUCGGUUGUUGACGAAAUAUGGCCCGAAGCAACUGUUCAUUGGAAUUGCCCUGUUGAAUUUGGGCAUUAGUGCGCUUACAAUUCCGAGUUACAUAUAUGGCAAGAGACUACGAAGCUGGGUUGCGCGGAGUGAGUGGGCGCAAAGAAUCUAG